AUGGCCCCCUUAAUGACGAUGGCCAAUCUCAACAUUGGACUCCUCGGGCACGUGGACAGCGGGAAGACGUCCCUCGCGCGGGCCCUUUCGACAAUCGCCUCCACGGCAGCCUUCGACAAGAGCCCCGAGAGUCGUCGCCGCGGUAUCACAUUAGAUCUCGGCUUUAGCGCCUGCGACGUCCCAACUGUCAAUAUCGCCCCAACACUACACGCUGCGGGUAUUAACCAUGUGCAAUGCACCUUAGUGGAUUGUCCUGGACACGCCUCCCUUAUUCGCACUAUACUUGGAGGGGCACAAAUUAUUGAUAUCAUGAUUCUUGUUAUAGAUGCUUGUAAAGGUAUACAAACACAAACAGCGGAAUGUUUGGUUAUUGGUGAAAUUCUUUGUAAGCCUUUAGUUGUAGUAAUAAACAAAAUUGAUGCUGUACAGGGUGGAACUCAGGAAGAAAAGCAAAUGGCGAUUGUUAAAUUAAAAAAACGACUUCAAAAGACAUUUGAACGAACUCGCUGGCCAGUUGUCCCAAUUGUGGAAGUUGCCGCUGCUCCACGUGGAGACACUAAUUCAGAAAAUGAGGUAUCAAAACCAAUAAAUGUGAUGAGUGUUCUUUCUGCUGUAUUGUCUCUUGCUGAUGCAGAGAAAUUAAAGGAACAGUUAGAAACACCACUACGUUCAGAAGAAUUUGUAAUGAUGUUUGAUCAUUGCUUUGCAUUAAAAGGACAAGGUACUGUUUUUACUGGUACAGUUAUUCGUGGACAAGUAGAAAUAGGUGAUAACAUACUUGUAUCUGAGUCUAAUGUAGUAAGGAAAGUAAAAGGAUUGCAAGUUUUUCAUAAACCUGUACAAUGCGCCAGACGUGGUGAUCGUGUUGGAUUAUGUGUAGUACAAUUUGAUGCAGAAGGUAUAGAGAGGGGUCUUUUGUGUAGUGCGCAAUCAUCACGGAAAAUAUCAUCUAUUACUGAAUCACCUCUUUUCGAAAGUGCCUCUGUGAUGAUUGCGGAAGUGAAUCGUGUGCGUUUUCAUCAGAUGCCAUGUGAUACGCACACAAAAUUUCACAUUACAAUAGGACAUUCUACAGUUAUGGGGACUAUGAAAUAUUUUAGUCGACCCACAUUACAGAAAAAAGAAAAUGGUGAAGAUUGUAUGUUUGAUUUUACUCAGGAGAGUCUAUAUGUUGAAGAACUUGAAGAGAAUUCAUGUUUUGACUUUGACAAUGCAGAGACUCAGGUACAACCUGGACUUCCUGUUUCUUUGAAACGUGGUGAUCUUACUUACUAUGCCAUUAUACUCCUGGAGAAACCAAUUAUGGCGAUUGUUGGAACUCCAUUAAUUGCAGCACGACUUGAUAUGGAACGAGAAAACAUGUGUCGUAUUGCAAUUGCAGGAACUGUUCGGGCGAUUAUGCCUUCCGAUACUUCUGGAGGAUCAUCUAUUCCGUUGUGGCGAACGUUGCCAGUUGUCCGGUAUAAAACUAGGGAAUUAGUUGUGGAACGGGUAGUGAAUGAGAGGACAUGCAUCGCUAGUGGUGUUGUGUUGAGUAAUACUUCAGAUGGGAAUAACGGUGAAGGAAGAAGAGGAGGAGGAGGAGGAGGAGGAGGAGGUAUCAACAGUAGCAGCAACAACAAUAACAACAAUAACAAGGUAAAAGAAAAAGACACAUUACAUGCUGAGGUUCAAAAGUUCAUUGGUCUCCGAGUUCAUUUUCGCUCGUCUUCAGUGGAACAAGGAGAUGCAGAUGGGGAAGUAAAUUUGAUAGAAGGUGUUAUUGACUCUGCAUUUGGAAAAACAGGAAAAGUGAAACUUCUUUUUAAUGAUCCUAUCUUUGCUGUUGAUAACGACGCAAAAAUGCCAACAGCAGCAGCAACAAAAACUGUAGCGGGAGAGGCAGUAAGAAAAAAGCGAAAUGAGGUGACGUUCUUGACGGAUGGUGUGAUAGAGCUCACAAUAAAGAAGAACCCUCUCGCUAUUUAUAGCCAACUCCAGCAAUAA